AUGACACUCGCUACCGCGCUGCGCUUCCUGCUGAGUUCUGCCCCAAGAACUCCCCCCCCCAUGGACAUCACCCUCUACUACAUAGUCACCCGACUCCCUGACUCUCUCCGCGUAGUCAAGGACCACUUCCUCUCAGUUUGCCCCACCACUCUCACCGUUGACCUCCUGAAGAAGGGCCUCCUAGCAGCAGAGAAGAACAUAGUCGCUGUAGGAGCCUCUCGUGGUGACCCUCGCACCCCCGUCUUUGAGGGGUGUUCCCCCUCCCCCCUCUUGCCCUUUAUUGCUUCUGCUGCUGCGGCCGACCUCGUUGGGGUUGCCAUCUUUGAUCUUGACUAUGAUGCUAUCCUUGCUGCCAUGUAUUUUGUAACUACUAUUGUUGAGGGUGACAGUUACCUGUGUGUACCGUUUGACCCGGGCAUUGAGGCUACUGCUCUAAGUGCUGGUGAGGCUGCUGCUCUAGGUGCUAGUGCGUCUGCUGCCCCAGGUGCUAGUGCGUCUGCUGCCCCAAGUGCUUGUGAGUCUGCUCUCUCAGGUACCACGUCGGCUUAG